UAAGUAAGUAAAAUAAACUGGAACUAGAAAUGUUUAUAUCUUGAUUUUUUUUUUGUGUGUUGAAUUUUUUGGUCAAAUUAAUGGUUUUACAUUUUUCCUUGACUUUUCAAAGAAUGCUUCAAGAAUUAUACAAAGACUUGAUCUGUUGCUAUAUCAGUGACCUUUUUUUACCUAUGACAUUCUGAAGAUACCAGUAUUUCAAUGUAAUAAUAUAAUUAAAUAAAUCUAUAAUUUUUCCUACUAGAAUGCCUCUUGGGAUGAAGUUGUGCACUCAUACAGAGGGAAAACAAACUAAAAAGAAGACUCUGAGGCUGAUUAAAUGGCUGCAAAAGAAACACCUUCUAAAGAAGAAGCUGAGAUGCCCUGUUUGCCACCAUAAGAUGAAAAUGAUAUCUGUGGUGAAGAAAGACCAAUUUAUGUGUCCCUCCCCUGGCUUUACAGCUAAACUAAUAAUUUCUGCAAGCCUACCACACUGGCUAAUAGCACUGCAUUUCAGAUGUUCUCUCACUUGACUCGGCUUUCCCUGCAUGUGCACGUUAGGAGGCGUGGCUUUCGGCUCAUUCAGGAAGGUCGGGGAUAGAGCAACAGCCCUUCAAAUUUUAAAAGCAAGACACAGUGCUAACUUUAUCUCAAUAUUUAUUUAUUUUUUAAUAUAAUUUUGUGAUAAUGUUUAUAGGUUCAUUUAUUUACCUCACUUUUUGGUUUGUUCUCAGGUGCUGCAAAAGAGCAAGUCAUAGAAAAGUCUCCAGAACAAUUAGAACUGGCUCCCUCUUUGAGAAAUCAAAAUCUUCUCUUUUCAGUUGGAUGAAGUUCAUCUACAGAUUUUCACAAGGGCUCAGGCUCAGGCAGAUAGAUAUGAUUGAUGAUGAUGUGGCUGGCAGCUCCAAAACAUUAAGUGCCAUGGCAAAGCGUAUUCGACAAGUCUGCAUCAGUGCAAUGGAAAGACACGGAGUAAAUAAAGGGCACUGUCUUGGUGGUCACAAAGAAUUUGUGGUUAUGGAUGAAAGCUGUCUCCGUCAUCAGCGAAAGUAUGCACGUGGACGCUUCGGAAAUGCUUGGAAAAGAAAGAAAUGGGUCUUUGGACUGAUGGGAGUGAAAGACAAAAGGCGAAGGCUCGUGUUAAAACUUGUAGAGAAACGAACAAGGCGUCACCUUGUUCCUCUGAUCAGACAGCAUGUUAAGUCGGGUAGUGCCAAUAUCAGUGAUGAGUGGAGAGCCUACAAGAAUGUCUUGACAAACAUGGGGUACAAACAUUACACAGUAAAUCACAGCAGGUGGUUUGUUGAUCCUCACUCGGGCAGUCAUACACAACAUAUUGAAAGAGCUUGGAUGACAAUUAAAGGACAUAUUCGCAGACUAAGAGGAAAUCGUACAGAGAUGUUGUUGGAGGAACAUCUUAAAGUUCUCGAAUGGUCAUCUUGGCUUGGUUCAAAACAUCCUGAUGGACCACUGGGACGCUUAUUCAAGGACAUAUGGAAAUCAUUCCCAGUUUAACCUGAAUCUCUUCUACAACAGUUUUUUUUAGGGAGGGGGUAUUUGGUGUGUUUGAUGAGUUUGGAUGUUAAAUGUGCUACACUUACAAUACAUGACCAUUUUUGACAGUAGUUAACAUAGUUUGUACAAAUAUUUUAAGCAUUUAGUGUAACUCUGAAGUUUAACAAAUUUAAACAUUUAAGACUAAUUUUUGGUAUUUAUAAAUGUUUAUUAGUCAUUAAUAAAUAAAUAUAUGUUUUAUACUUUACAAUAAGGCUCCAGUUUGUAUUUAUAAAUGUUUAUUAAUCAUUAAUAAAUAAAAACAUGUUUUACACUUUACAAUAAGGCUCCAGUUUGUAUUUACAAAUGUUUAUUAAUCAUUAAUAAAUAAAAACAUGCUUUGCACUUUAUAAUAAGGCUCCCUUUUGUAUUU